AGGCAUUUUGUUCCAGUUUCAUCUAUUCCAGAUCUCCUGCACGUGGGGCAGGGAGGGACAAGAGGCAAAGCGAAGGAGGCUGACUCGAGAUAUAGGAGGGAAAUCAGUCGUACCCUUUAGGCAUCUGAACAAGUCUGAACUGUUCUUCUACCGCCCCUGAUGUUGCUGCUUGUGUUGAGGCCACACCAGACAAAGCUGUCCCAGUAACCGAAAAAAAAACAAAAACCCUUUGCAGUUUUGACACUCUCCUGUAGGGAUGCAGGACGCCAACUGCUGAGCUCCAAACGCGUCGUAAGAUACGUUGUGACGCACAGCAGCCCAAAGCUGUGGAGCGCUACAGAAACUGAGUUGGGAGCGUUGCUGGAUAUGCUACAGGUGGAGCACAGAGCAGCAAGCGGUAGCCCGGUACACGGAGCAAAGAACCUUAGGUUGUAAAGAUGAGCCCGUGGAUUUUCACCGUAUCGUUGCUGCUGCUGUUGUCAUUCAUGACACGCGCUGAAGCUCAGGGCAGAUGUGAUCAUGUGCAAGCGGCAGACAUUGUUUUUCUGGUGGACGGAUCUUCCAGUAUUGGCAAAGCUAACUUCCUGCAAGUGAAGGGCUUUAUAGCCGGAAUCAUCAAACCCUUUGCAGGCUCUGUCAGCGAGACAGGAAUUCGCUUUGGGGCUGUACAGUACAGUGACACCGCCAGGGUCGAGUUCCCCUUGACAACAUACCUGAAUGGAACGGAGCUAAUCAGGGCUGUGCAGAAUAUGAACUACAAGGGCGGAAAUACGCGCAGCGGUGCUGGUCUCAAGUUUGUCGCUGAUAAUUUCUUCAACCCCACAUACAGCCGAAACGUCCCGAAGAUCGCCAUCUUGAUCACGGACGGGAAGUCCCAGGACAGCGUGCAGGAACCAGCACAGAAGCUGCGUAGUCAAGGGGUACACAUCUUUGCAGUUGGCGUCAAGAGCGCAGAUAGUGAGGAACUGUCAGAGAUUUCCUCCAAGCCAAGCAGUGAUUUCAUCUCCUUUGUCGGCGACUUCAAACUGCUCGGCACUCUUCUUCCGCUUGUGAGCCCCCGGGUGUGCUCCGAAGUAGGCGGAGUCUAUGCGAGCGAUGAAGCGUAUUCCAGUCCAGCCAACAUUCAGUUCACAGGCGUGACGUCUGAUUCACUCAGGUUCCGCUGGAAUUCAGCAGGUGGGCCCUUGAGGGGCUAUGUGGUCCAGUAUGUGCCCCUCUCUGGCCAGGGUCAACCUAUCACAGCAGAAAUGCGGCAGGAGACACUGGCUGCUAGUCAGAGAAGCUUUACUGCACGAGCUCUAAGGUCGGGAACAGACUACCUUGUGACUGUCAUUGCUCAAUACCCCAACAGUGUUGGAGAAUCGGUGUCCGCUAAUCAACAAACCAGGUCAUUGCCUGGGAUCUCAGGUCUUCGUUUAAUCCAAGCAGGGUUCUUCAGUCUGUCGCUUGGCUGGGAUCAGCCUUCAUCUCCUGUCCAGGGCUACCAACUGACCUACGGACCACGAGGUCUGCCAUCUGGUCAGCAAUUGGUGGAGUCUUUGUCUGCGGACUCCACAUCUGUCAAGCUGGAAUCACUUCAACCCGACACGGAGUACGUCUUUAGCCUCUACCCGCUAUUCCCACGGAACUCUGCAUCUCCAGCUACGCUCACUGCCCGCACUUUGCGCCUGGAGGCAGUGCGGCAGUUAUCAGUGGAGACAGAGUCAGAGAGCAGCGUUCGUGUGCUGUGGAGAGGCGUCAACGGAGCGGUUGCCUACCGUCUGGCGUGGGGAGCAGUCACAGGUCUAGAUAUUGAAACUGCCGAGGUUGCAGGAGACAGCGAGACAUUCAGUAUAUCUCCACUUCAGCCAGACACAGAGUACAUUCUCACCGUGAUUCCACUCUAUCAGGGCAAUGUUGAGGGACUCAGGGAAACAGCCAGAUUCACCAUCGAGCGCCAGUUGCAGCAGGUCCUCAAUGCAGCGAUCACCAGUCCCUCCUCCAUCCGACUCACAUGGAGAAUCAUUCCGUCUUCUCAAGGCUACCGCCUGGAGUGGCGGGCGGGAGAAGGUGGCAGUCCCCAGACAUUGUCUUUACCCAGGAGCACCAGCAAAUAUGAGCUGACUGGGCUUCGGCCCAACACAGAAUACCUCAUCACUCUGUACACACUGUUUGAGGGUCGUGAGGAAGCCACGCCCGUCUCUACCACAUAUAGAGAAGUACAGCCAGUCGGGAGGGUGUCCAACCUGCGAGUCUUGGAGUCUUUGGGCGGUAGGGUGCGGCUUGGCUGGACUGGUGUAGCUCGGGCCACACAGUACCGCAUCAUUAUCCAAAGUCCUGAGGUGGGAGUACAAAAUGUUCAGAUUGUCCCUGGGAACCAGACGACUUUUGACCUCCGAGACCUGAUUGUGGGCGUGUCCUAUGAUGUCAGUGUAAUACCGCUGGUCGGAGACAAUGAAGGCGAGCCGGCCAGUGUCUUUGUCAGACCAGAGCAAGACAUUGGCAGAGUGUCGAAUCUCAGAGUGGCGCAAGCAAACAGCCGGAGAAUUCGAAUAGCUUGGACAGGUGUGAAUGGAGCAACAGGUUACAGGAUCACAUGGAGACAAGGCAAUAGUGGAGAGCAGUCGUGUGACGUCGGGGCAGAAAGCUCAGGCUUUACCAUCGAAGGCCUGCAACCCGAUGAGGCGUUGGUGUUUGGCGUGGCAGCCAUCAUGAACGACCGCGUCGGGGAGGCGUUGACGCUGGCCUCUCGGACCAACCCGCACAGUGGGACGGUUUAUGGCCUUCGCGUCGUCGACGUCACACCUCAAAGGAUACGAAUAGAAUGGUUACCGACCUUAAGGGCAACUGGCUACAAGAUCAGAUGGCGCAAUGAUGUUGAUGGAGUGGAAACAACCCGAAACGUGGCAGCCGAUGUUUCUUCCUUCACCAUCGACGGACUCCAGUCAGAUACUAUUUAUAGUGUGUUUGUUUCUGCGCUGAGUGGCUCUCGAGAGGGAAGUCCCGGCUCCCUCAAUAUCAGAACAGAACCAGAUCAGUCCUCUGUCGGCACGGUGACAUCGCUCCAAGUCCAGGAGAACCCAGGAGAGGUUGUUCGAUUAUCUUGGGUUGGCGUCCAAGGAGCAACAGCUUAUCGGGUGUCGUGGAAAAGAACAGAUGGUGGCGAGGAGACAAGUCAGUUGGUGGGCGGAGACGUGACCACCGUGGAACUAGACCGACUGGAUCCCGGAGCCCAGUAUGUGGUGAAGGUCAUGGCUUUAUUUCAGAACCGCGAAGGAACGCCGGUGUCUGUCCGAAUCACAACACCUGGUGGUACUCCCCUCCCGGCCACACUUUUAAGAGUAGCAGAGGUAACGCAGGAUUCUGUACGGCUGAGCUGGCAGCCAUUACCAGGUGUCCAAGGGUAUGUUCUGCGCUGGAAAAAGGAAAAUGACCGGGGUCCAGGCUUAUCCGUCACACUGCCCGUUUCAUCAAGUUCUUACCAGGUGACUGGACUUCGGCUGGGUCAUCAGUACCGCUUCAGCAUCCAACCCACUUUUGAAAGUGGACUGGGAAGAGAGACUUUUGCCAACGAACGUACCGUGUGUCUCGGUGGACGUCUGGAUGUGGUCUUCCUCGUGCCAGCAUCUACUGAUCGGAUUAACCUUGUCGCAUCUCUGCGCGCUCUUCUCACAAGUGCAGUGGGUUCAUUCAAAACGAUUGGAGUGCGUGACUCACAGGUGGGGGCUGUCAUCUAUGGUUAUAGACCCAAAAUCUGGUUCCAACUCAAUCGUCAUAGCAGUUCAGACACAUUGCUCCAAGAAAUUCAGUCGACACCGUUUAGUGAAAGUCCCGGAAACAACAUUGGCCAGGCAGUGAGUUUCGCCACACAAUAUCUUCUCACCACCUCCGCUGGAAGAAGGCCAGGGGUCCCUGGGGUUAUUGUCAUCAUUGCUGACAAAAAAUCCGCGGACAGCCUCACGCUCGCAGCCUCCAACCUCCGAGGGACAGGUGUGAACGUGUUGGCAGUCGGAGUAGAUCAGGCCGAUACCGAGGAACUGCGGCGGGCAGUGACACAAGGCCGCACUCAGAACGUUCUGUAUGUGCGCGAUGCCUCCCAGUUGGACGCGAUACACGCUGAUCUGGCAGACUUGCUCUGUGGUAUUGCCAGAAUAUCAACGGAAACGCCAGGUCCAGAGCCGUGUGCUGUUCAGUGUCCGCGGGGAGACAAGGGAGAUCGUGGAGAGAGGGGUGAGAGGGGCAGAGACGGCGUCGAUGGCCGCAAAGGAGAACCUGGUCGUGACGGAUUUCCCGGAAGAGAUGGUCCAAGGGGUCCUGAAGGGCGUCAAGGUCCACCUGGGCCUUCUGGUCCUAUUGAUCCCUCAGCAAGGUCAAAAGGGGAGAAGGGGGAGAGAGGUUUCCCUGGUAUUGAUGGAAAUCCAGGUUUAUCGGGGCGGCCAGGUCCCCCGGGAAACACAGGACUUCCUGGUUUACAGGGUCUACCUGGUGUCAGAGGAAGCCAAGGUGAACCCGGUGUGACAGGCGCACAAGGACCAAAGGGAGAGAGAGGUGAAAGGGGGGAGCCAGGAUCUACAUCGGGAGUUGGCUUUCCAGGGAGGAAGGGAGAACCAGGCAUCCCUGGAAUACCCGGGACCCCUGGUCGGGCAGGCAGCGACGGUGCAAAAGGUAGCUUGGGAAUACCUGGUAUACCGGGGCAGGAUGGUCGCCCGGGGGUACCAGGAACGCCAGGACUCUCCAUUAAGGGAGACAAGGGCAGCCCCGGAGAGAGGGGACCUCCAGGAUUCGGCAGCGGGGUACCCAUAGCUGGCGAGAAAGGCUCCCCAGGUUCUCCAGGACCUCCAGGAGUGCAAGGUCCUAGAGGGCUGACCGGCUCACAGGGGGCCAAAGGAGACAAGGGUGACAGUGCAGUUAGCCAGCCCGGACUACCAGGCAGGCAGGGCGAACCUGGUGACAGGGGUCCUCGUGGGCCCCCAGGAGAAAUUGGCAGUAAGGGUGAUCGAGGUCAGCCGGGUGAGCCGGGAUCGCAAGGAGACCGGGGCGAAAGAGGACUUGUUGGUGAAACCGGACAGAGAGGGGAUCCAGGAAAGCCAGGCACCCCAGGACCACCGGGGUUGAGGGGUUCCCCAGGGCCCAUCGGAGCGGCGGGAGAAAAGGGAAGUGAAGGUGCACGAGGGGAACCAGGACGCAGUGUUCAAGGUCCCAUCGGGAAGAAAGGGGAGCAGGGAGAACCGGGUCUGCCGGGUUUUGAAGGCUCCAAAGGAACAAAGGGAGACGCAGGACAGAGAGGAGAGAAAGGAUCUCCAGGGUCAGGCUUCGGCACGACCGGACCUAAAGGAGAGCGAGGGGAAGCAGGAACUCCAGGUAUCAGUGGUAGGCCGGGCGCUAAGGGAGACCCGGGUGAGGCGGGAGAGCGGGGAGAGGACGGGCGGCCGGGAAUCCCAGGGAAGCUCGGUCCUCCUGGGAAACAGGGAGAACGAGGGGACAAAGGGGAUGAAGGCACCCCUGGGGAGUCAGGACUUCCCGGCAAGCCCGGAGAACGAGGAGUGAGGGGACUCUCCGGUCAGCCGGGGCGGCCUGGGGAGAAGGGAGAUGUCGGAGAGCCGGGAGAGCAGGGACGAAAUGGCAGCCCUGGACUCGCAGGCCCCAGAGGAGAAAAGGGAGUGCAGGGAAAUCAAGGACCUCCAGGUCCGCCGGGAAAAUUGACUGACAUCCAGGGCCAGUUGAAAGGAGACCGCGGGGAGAAGGGAGACAAAGGAAACCCUGGAGCGAAUGGAAGCAAUGGUCAGAAAGGUGAAGCCGGAACCCCUGGAGCUAUAGGCCCAAGAGGUCCUGAGGGACAACGUGGGCUCGCCGGCUCCAGAGGUGACAUUGGAGAAAGAGGAACACCUGGAGAGAAGGGAGAAAGGGGAGCUUCCGGGUUGGAUGGACGUCCUGGUCUGGAUGGUAAACCAGGUGUUGCCGGACCACCUGGUCAGAGGGGUGAUCCUGGCAAAUCAGGUGAUCCUGGAAGAGAUGGUUUAGCAGGACUUCGAGGUGAACAGGGUCCCCAAGGGCCUGCGGGUGCGCCAGGUACUCCAGGGACACCCGGCAAAGCAGGAGAGGAUGGUAAACCUGGGCUUCCUGGCAAAAUGGGCGAGGACGGUGUGCCGGGAGAGGAUGGCCGAAAGGGUGAUAGAGGAGACGCUGGAGCUGCUGGUCGAGAUGGCCGUGACGGGCAAAAAGGAGAGCGGGGUCCGACUGGACCUUCAGGCCCAGCUGGCCCCGCGGGACCUCCUGGACUACCUGGCAGCAUAGGCCCUCCUGGACAGGUCAUGUACGUCAAAGGAGUUGAGGCAGCGCCGAUCCAAGGCCCUCAAGGGCCCCCAGGAACACCUGGUAUACCGGGAAUUCCCGGAGCUGCUGGUGCUCGUGGUGAAAGAGGUCCUCCUGGUGUUAAAGGCGAAACUGGGGACCCAGGAGAGGACGGAGCGCCUGGAAAACCAGGAACUGCAGUGGAUGUACAGAAGGCACUGGCCAACCUUGGAAUUCAGGUGUCUGACCUGAAGGCAGUUGUGGACAGCAAGGACACCGCUGUGACCGCUCCAAUAGUAAAGGCAGAGAGAGGUGAAAAAGGAAACAAGGGUGAGGCCGGUCUGAGAGGAGCAUCUGGCUCAGAUGGGUCACGUGGCUUUCCGGGAGACAGGGGAGCAAAGGGGGAUCAAGGAGAGAGAGGUCCGGUGGGAAUACCUGGGCCUCCUGGGAGAGCCAUUGUAGAGCAAGGGCCGAUGGGACCCCCAGGGCCAGCCGGAGAGCCAGGAAAGCCAGGAAUUCCCGGCGUUCCGGGGCGAGCCGGCGAGCUCGGAGAGGUUGGGAGACCAGGGGAAAAGGGUGACAGAGGAGAGAAGGGAGAUAGAGGCGAUACUGGUAAACUGGGGCUUACAGGCCUGCCUGGUCCACCUGGUCAAAAGGGUGCGUCUGCGGACUCGGUACUAAUUGGGACACCUGGCACCCGAGGCCCUCCUGGACUUGCAGGACCGAAAGGAGACCCUGGUGAGCCUGGGCCACCGGGAGCUAAAGGCGACCGGGGAUUUGAAGGACCUCGUGGUGAUAAAGGAGGACGAGGCGAGUCUGGAGAGAAAGGAAAUAAUGGCUCACAGGGACUAGUAGGAGAACCUGGGAAACCUGGUCAGGAUGGGAAACCGGGUCUAACGGGGCUGGCUGGACCUCGAGGAGUACCGGGAAAUCCAGGAGAGCCUGGCAUCAGGGGGUUAACUGGCUCCUUAGGUCCAAAUGGACUUCCCGGUCCACCGGGUGUGAAGGGUAGUCAAGGCGAACCAGGCGUAGGGGUUCAGGGUCCUCCCGGUGCCCAAGGCAGCACUGGCCUGCCAGGAAACCCGGGUCCUCCAGGAGCUGUGGGUCCACAGGGGCCUCCAGGCUUAUCGGGGCAGGUGGGUGAAGCAGGGAAGCCUGGUAUACCUGGAAGAGAUGGAGUGCCUGGGAAAGAUGGAUUGCCUGGAUUGCCAGGGAAGCAGGGCAUCGUUGGCCCUCCAGGUCAGCCAGGCUUCAAGGGGGAGCAGGGAGACAGCGGUCCUCCGGGGAAGGCUACAGCAGGACUCCCUGGUGUCAAAGGAGAGAAGGGUCUCCCGGGGCAAACGCUGCCAGGAAUGCCAGGAGAGCGAGGUCUACCUGGUGAAAAGGGUGGCCGGGGAGACCGAGGAGUCGCUGGCAUCAGAGGCGAACGGGGUGAGGUUGGUGAAGCAGGUCAGCCGGGAGAAAAUGGGAAACAAGGUCCUCCUGGGCCAAAAGGAGAUAAGGGAGAAAGGGGCAUCGGAAUGUUAGGGCCUGCAGGUAACGCUGGACCACAAGGUUUAAAGGGAGAUCCAGGUCUUCCUGGUCCAGUGGGUCCUCCAGGGCUGCAGGGGAAGUCCGGCGAUCGAGGGCUUCCUGGGCUGAGAGGAGAAAAUGGUGAUCCCGGACCACCUGGGCAAUCCGGAGAGAGGGGUCUCCAAGGAUUUCCGGGACGGGUGGGAAAUGCUGGACCUCCUGGUCCUGUUGGGCCUCCUGGGCAAGCUGGUUCCGCUGGUAUAAACGGGCUCAAAGGAGACAAGGGUGAAACUGGACUUGGUUUGACGGGUCCAAGAGGCGAGAGGGGAGACCCAGGAACCAGAGGGGAAGAGGGACGCCCGGGUUUGGAUGGCGAGAGGGGGCCUGCAGGUCCACCAGGGGUGCGCGGUGUUCGGGGAGAGAAGGGAGACGCUGGCCUGCAAGGGGACAAAGGAGAGAAGGGGGACACCAUGCUGAUUGGGGGACCUCCUGGAGAAAAGGGCAGCGGAGGAGAACAAGGUGACAGAGGGCCCAAAGGUGUGCAAGGAGAAAAAGGAGCCAAAGGUCAAGAGGGACCGCCCGGGGAGCAGGGACUGAGGGGAGAGCCUGGGGAAAGAGGAUCCACUGGAUUCCCUGGUGCUCGCGGUCCUGGUGGACAGAAGGGAGAAGCAGGACCGCCCGGCGUGCCUGGUGAAGCGGGGUUGGCCGGCAAAGACGGGCUGCUCGGGCGCAAGGGCGACAAAGGAGAGAUCGGUAUCGUUGGAAUGAGAGGAAUCAAGGGCGACCGAGGAUCCAAGGGGCUUUGCGGAAACGAUGGGCCCAAAGGAGAGAAGGGGGAUAAUGGCUUCCAUGGGCGACCGGGCCUGCCAGGAAGAAAAGGUGAUCAGGGUGAUGUGGGCCCCUCCGGAGCCCCGGGAAUCCCAGGAAAAGAGGGACUCGUCGGGCCCAAGGGGGACCGCGGCUUUGACGGGGUCGAAGGUCCCAAAGGGACUCAGGGCGACAAAGGCGAAAGGGGCCCGCCUGGUGUCCCUGGCCCUCCCGGGCCCAGAGGAGCGGACGGGGCACCUGGACUGACAGGCCCCCAGGGAACGGCUGGUGCUAAAGGCCCCGAAGGGCUCCAAGGACAGAAGGGAGAAAGAGGGCCUGCCGGUCCCGCCGUAGUGGGUCCACGUGGGGUUCCCGGCAUCCCAGGGGAACGCGGAGAGUCGGGGGAGAUGGGCCCAGAUGGAGCCAAAGGAGAGAGAGGAGAGCCAGGCAUGACGGAGGCCGAGGUCAGAGAGUACGUACGCACGGAAAUGAGUCAGCACUGUGCAUGUGGAGGUGAGUGAGCCGUCGGACCGCAGCACAAGAGGAAGGGGGAGAUGCGCGUGCUGUGAUUCAGCAUGUGUCAUCGUGCACAUAUUGGAUGUACGCUGCGGCAGGCUCCGCAUUAACAGCCGCGCAGUGUAGUGUAAUGUGCGUGCAUCUGAACUGCUCCAAAAAGUGCUUAAUAAGGAUACCGCUUUAGUUCAGUAUUUAAGCUUUCUUGAAAUAACAGUUUGGGCCCAUUCCGGGAUAUCAAAUACUCCUAACGACUGUCAAUGUGAGACAAAAUCAAUUUAAGUACAACACGCAUCCAUCCAUUUUCUACUGGUUGACCUUAUUAGGGUCACAGGUGAAGGGUAAGAACAGCGAUGGGCAACUUAGCGGCCAGAAUUUUUCAUCAGUGUUACUUGAAGGGGCCACAUCGGGCUACAGAUUUACUCACCAGACGUAUGACAAAAAUAAAAUUUGGAGAAAAUAUGCGAGCAAAUGACCUCCUCUUAAUAUAUUUCAUAUCCUAAACCACCAACAAAAGGUUUGAAGCAACAACAAAAUAACCGCAUAGUGCAAACUUUUUUCCCCCCAGUGCAAAGGGCUCUCUUCCAUAAAAAUUACCAUUCAAGGAGGCCACAAAACUAUUGAACAAGAAACCAACAUGAGGUGCAAAAUCUAUUUUUUUCCCCCACACAAAUAAACAUACUCAAAAUGAUAAUAUAACUAAAAUAUUAUGUUUGUCCUGUAUAUAACUCCAAAUCGACAAAACUAUUUUAGGCCAACGUUGUAAUAUAGGGCCUAAUUAGACCCAUUGUAAGGGCAACUAAGACAUCUAGUGGUGAUUAGUAAUAUUACAACUUAAAACUACAGUCGACAACAGCAUAUUCGCAGUUCGGCACCUGCACUUUUUUUUGUU